AUGCAAGAGGAGAAAAAUAAAGAAAUUCUUUUGAAAGAUAUUGAAAAUCAAAUUCCUUAUUCAAAACCAUUUGGUGUAUAUGAUCAAUUAAAAAAAAGAAUUUUUAGAUUUAUUCUGGGAGUGAUUUUACUUGGAGUAAUUAUAGAAUCUAUUACUUUAUUAGUUGUUUAUUUUAAAGAUAAAAAAUAA